GUCAGGGACUGGUCCAGUUCUUGAAGAUCCACAACAAUCAGCCUAUAUGACCACAGCAUCUAAAGCCAUGCCACACUAUUUCUCCACUUGUUCUUUUCCUUCUUCCCCUUCAUUUCCAACCACCUCCUUGAAUCCACCUGUGAACACCACCACUGAUACCACUGAAAACAACACCGAAAUGUUCAAUAGCGAGUCUCUAAUAGAGAGCGUAAAAGCUACAACAAAAACAACUGCAGUUACUGCAACUGCAACACCAAAUUCAACAGCAACUAGAAAAUCAAUGAAUUCCACUUUUUAUCCUACUACAACUACUUCCUCUCCAUCACCUACUUCUUCUUUUGCACGUAACUAUAACAGCUAUAACAAUUACAACUACAACUACAAUUACAUCUACACCAAUAAUAAUAACAGCCUCUUCAUGUCAGCUGACACUCAACCAAUAUCUACAACGUUUCCAAAUGAGAGACAAGUGUUUCAUCACUCAUUGCCACCACAUCAACAAAUAGAGUAUCAAUCCCAACUUCAAUAUAAACAGCAAUAUGAACAACAGCGGUUUGUAGAACCAAUGGAGCUGUUUACAGAAAUGAAUUCCCAUUAUCGGAAAAGUCCACCGAUGCCACCGAUCUCGAUUAAAAUCCCUGGUCAACAAGCUCCCUUGCAGAUCCGAGGAAGUCUUGCCAUCUCUAGUCUCCAACGGCAACAACAGCAAAUUCAACAACAGCAACAACGAUUAAAAGCAAAAGAAAAAGAAAAAGAAAGACUUCAGCAACAACAGUCAUUAUUAAAGCCCGACUCGAAUAAAUAUUUCAUAAGAGGAGGUGUAACAGCAUCUUCGGCUUCAACUUCAAGAUCAAGCUCUAUGAUCGGAUAUAGGUUACUCAGAGGUCUUUCAACACGAUUCCAUCCUCAUCAAGAUCAUUCAACAACAGAACCCAUUCCUGUUGUAGAGACUGUGGCCCAAGAAUAUGCAAGAACCAUCAAGUCCCUGUGGCAGAUGGUUGAAGACGAAGAGCUCGCCUAUCAGAUUGAUGCAGCUGCAACGGCGGCUCGUCAACAACAACUACGGAUAGAGCAACAAUGUCAGGCUCAGAUGGCAACAGCCUCUUCGUUGACUACAUCUGCCAAGACUCGUCAUAACUUCAUCUCCUUCCCUUUGCAUCCACUGCACUCUUCAAAGCCAGAACUCCUUACAUCUGUAUCUUCAUCUCCAUUCUUUCCUUCUUCCAUUCCCUCUUCUCGUUCCUCUUCUUCCACUUCGUCUCCAAUCUCAUCUAACCAUUCCUCCCCUCGCCCACAUCCUGAUCGUGUCAAUACCCAAGACAGUGACAACGACAAAGCCUCAACAAUUGAUCCCGAAAGACGAAUCUGUCGCGAACCUUGCUGUAUUCUAACCAAGCCUAACAGUGAUAUCAAUAGUGGUAACAAGACGCUGUCAAGUCCUUUACAGAGACAAAGACAGACAAUGCAGCCACAGCUCGACUCGACCAGUGAUGACUAUCCUUCCUGGUCAUGGAAUCGACCUUCGCCUCUGAUUCAUGCCUCCAACAUUAGCAACUAUGACGCUACUUCAUACCUCCCUGGCGCCGGUGAUGGUGGUGACAGUGAUGAUGAGUCCAACUCUGAUGAAGGCCGUGAACGUAAGAGACGCGAGCUUGAAGAAUUGGAACGUGAGCUCAUGGUCCUGGGUCUCCAGGGCUAUCAAGAUGCGUCUGAUGGUUUUGAGCUAGAGGUGCAGCAGGCGCAGCACGCACCACAAUUGCCAGGAGCUUCCCCUGCACAACAACAACAGCAACAACAACAGCAACAACAACAGCAACAACAGCAACAACAGACAACCGCUGCAGUAUCAAAGUCAGUCUCCCAGGCACAGUCGUCUAUGCAGCGGCCAUAUCAACGCCGACGACAGAAUAGCCUUACAUACGAGGAGCGCCGUCUUCAACAAGAUACCCGCUGGCAACAGCAGAUUACCAAACCGAUGUCUCCUACUUCAUAUAAGGGUCCAAAGACAAUUAAUUACCUUGACGGGAUUGAAUUGGAUGAAGACUCUGACGAGAACGAAGACACUGUUGUUCUAGCUGUAGCUCACCGAGUCUCUGUCCGUCACCAUGCAGACUGGUCCCUGCAGCAGAUGGGGGAGCGCCAGCAGGUGGCCUCGUGGGAUGUGACCCGAGGUGUUUCCUGGACGCCCAUGCCACGAACUCAACCACAGCUACAGCAGCAACAGAGAAAAUUAGCUCCCAAGUACUCUGAGGGACCCAUCACUUCGGGUAUGAUUAGUGCACGCUAAUCUACCCUGGCUCUCUUUUUAUUUUCUUUCUUUCCCUUCCACAUGUACUUUCUCACUUGUUCAUUAGUUCAUUUGUGUAUAAUUUCCCUCUUCCCC